GGAUGAAAUAUGACUGCUGUUGUUUGCCAGGCACCGCCCUUCUGUUCAUGGUGGAAAAGAAAAACCAGCAGCUUUUAUAAAGCAACAAAGAAUAUCCAAAUUGGUCGGCUGGUAUCUGGACUACAGUUUAAAUUCAGAGGUCUGCAGAGGGGAAAACAGAAGAGGAGAGUGAGUGGAACUAGCUGAAGUGACUUCAGCAUUGCUCUGAGCUUCACUGACCUAGCUGCAGAUUGCUGCCUGAGGAUCUAAGCAUCACUCCAGGAAUCUUACCAAGCGUUUGCAAACUAUUCCACAAGGAUCCGUCAUCAUGAAAAUCGCGGUGCUUAUCUUGUGUCUUUUCACCGUUGCCUUUGCCUUACCGAUCAGCAAAUCGAGACAUCAUGACGACUCUAGGAGCGCAGAAAGAAAUCAUGACUCCAGAGAAAAUGAAGCUUAUGCACACCACCAUCCCCACCACAAUUCUCACAGCCAUGAACACAGUCAAGAGCACGGAAACAGCCAUGAACACAGUCAAGAGCACGGAAACAGCCAUGAACACAGUCAAGAGCAUGGAAACAGCCAUGAACAUAGUCAAGAGUCACCAGAACAUACAUCUUCUCAACUGAACUCUCAGUCUUUGGAGGAUCGUGAUGAGAUCACUGAGCAACAGACCAUUUUGGCCUCUUCCAGCAAAAGUCAUGAAGAUGAUGAUGAUCAUAGUGAUGUUUCCAAAGACGAUGAUCAUCCAGAUUCAGAUGAAUCCGAUGAGUCUCAUGAAACCUUCACUGACUCUCCCACUGAGGCUCCCGUCACUGAUUCCAGAGGAGAUGUCCCAUCUUAUGAAUUCAAGGCAAACGUUGACCAGAUGAGUUUGGAGAGAUCUGGAAAGUUCGAUUCUCAAGAUGUUUCCGAUGAAGUGGACAGCACCCCAGAUGAUGAAAGCCAUGAAUAUGCUAAGGCCCGUUCUCUGGAAAGCCACGAAAGUGACGACAAAAGUAACCUGAGGGACAGCAAUGAAGUCCAGAGCGCGUCUCAUGACACAAGUCUGGAGGACCACAGCCCAGAGAAACCUGAGAGUGUGGAAGACAGCAGCGACCACAGCAAAGCUGCCCUUUCCGUAGAAAGCACUGAAAGCGAAGAACAGAAAAAAGAUCACAGUGAGGCACUCCAACAGUUAGACAGCAGUCCCGAUGAUGUCAGCAACCAAACUUUGGAAAGCGCCGAGAAUCACCACAGCGCUGAAGACCAACACAGUGUUGAACACCACGAUAGCGUUGAGGACAAUGAGGUCAUCCUCUAAAAGGGUAGAGUGAGAUAGGCCGAUACUUAUCUGAGGGACCUCUCCAGACAUUUUGCAUGUAAGGGCCCAACUAAGAUCAAAGCCCAACUCCUCCAUCACCAGUGUUUUUGUUUUGCUGAGUUACAAAAAGAGAGAGAGAGAGAGAGAGAGAGAGAGAGAGAGAGAAAGGCAACACAACUUGAAUGUUUGCUCCCAAUUAUAUACACAUAAUUCGGAUUUCAGGCCGUAGAAAUUUGUAACUAGUAGCAAAUGUAAACAAUGCUGCCCAGGUCCUGUUCAUGCUUAUUUGGGAGUCGAUCUGAUAGAUCUUCAGUAGAAUUUGCUCCAGAUAAACAUGCUUAGGAUAUUAGUCUUUAAAUGAACAAUAAGAGUAGUCAUGAUGAUUAGAGAAUAUCAAUGCCCUUCUUGGUGCAUAAGUCCUGCUCUGUCUCACAGUCGCUUGCUCUGAAGGAGAGAGAGAAAAAAUGCUUGGGGAAAAAAAAAUCUAGUUUUACAUUCCCACUGAUUUUUGUGUAUCUUACAAUGCUGUACUUCUGAAAUGUUUAAUAUUGCAGUGUAUAUUUUGUUGACAGUUGUGAGUUAAAUAAAGUGACAAAACUUUA